AUGAGUUUGCCCCUCGACCCCAAACAUUUCCUGAAUGGAUUAACAGGAAGGCCGGUAAUGGUGAAACUUAAGGGGGAAUGGAGUACAAAGGCUACCUUGGUAUCUGUAGAUGGCUAUAUGAACAUGCAGCUUGCAAACACAGAAGAACACAUAGAUGGAGUAUUGUCUGGACAUUUGGGUGAAGUUUUUAAAGUCCUUUAUAUCAGGGGUGUUGAAGAAGAGGAAGAAGAUGGGGAAAUGAGAGAAUAGCAUCUUUUGUGGGGAAUUUUUUAUAUUUCUAGACAACAAACUUUUUCCAAAAAAAAAAAACUUGGGGCGCC